AUCAGGUCCUGAGGAAGAAUGACCGGAGGCCCAAGGACAUGGGGCAGAUGGCACGUCAUUACAUACACCAGCGGCCCAUAAGACUCCCCAUGACUCAGAACCUGAAGAAGCUCCAGAAGGGACCGGUGGGGCAGAGGAAUCCCCCACCAGAAGAGGAGAAUACCAGGGUGAAGUGCGAGAACUGCGGAGCCUUUGGGCACCUGGCCAGCAGCAGAAGGUGCCCCAUGAAGCGCUGGUGUGGGGCCCUUGCCCCCCAGCCCUUGGGCUCCAGGAAGAAUGAAAACCUGGAACCCAGGAGGCCUCAGGACUGCCACACCCCAGGGUCCUUCCACACGACUGGCAGCGGGAAGGAACCAGGACAGAGGUGA